AUGCCGCGAGACCUGAUAACCCUACAGCUUGGGCAAUGUGGGAAUCAAAUUGGGAUGGAGUUCUGGAAACAGCUCUGCACAGAACAUGGUAUUAAUCCUGAGGGUACUCUGGAAGAAUUCGCUACUAAUGGAACAGACCGCAAAGAUGUUUUCUUUUACCAGGCCGAUGACGCCCACUACAUUCCACGAGCAGUUCUUGUUGAUCUUGAGCCACGAGUAAUCAAUACUAUUCUCAGUUCUCCCUAUGCUCGCCUCUACAACCCAGAAAAUGUUUAUAUGUCAAAAAACGGGGGAGGGGCUGGUAACAACUGGGCCGCCGGCUAUACACAGGCUGAAAAACUGCAAGAGGAAAUCUUCGACAUCAUCGAUCGUGAGGCUGAAGGCAGCGACAGUCUUGAGGGUUUUAUAAUGACUCAUUCAAUCGCCGGCGGUACUGGAUCUGGCAUGGGUUCGUUUAUGCUUGAGCAUCUCAAUUCCCAUUUUCCCAAAAAACUCAUCCAGACGUACUCUGUGUUCCCGAAUCUUGAGGAUACCAGUGAUGUAGUAGUACAGCCCUACAACUCCUUGCUCACCCUGAAGAGGCUUACACUGAAUGCAGAUUGUGUGGUGGUUCUGGAUAACACGGCCUUGCAUCGAAUAGCCACAGAUCGUCUUCGUUUGGAGAAUCCUUCUUUUGCUCAAAUCAACCAACUGGUCUCCAGAGUAAUGUCAGUGAGCACAGCAACUUUGCGUUACCCCAGCUACAUGAAUAAUGAUUUGAUUGGUUUAAUCUCACCAUUGACCCCGACUCCACGAUUACAUUUCCUCAUGACGGGUUAUACACCACUGACAACGGAGAAAGAGGUGGCGGAGGUGCGUCGAACUACCGUUUGUGAUGUGAUGCGACGGCUGUUGCAACCGAAGAACAUGAUGGUGUCGACCUCUGUGCAACGCAAUGUUGACCACUGCUAUAUUGCAAUUCUAAACAUCAUCCAGGGUGAAGUGGAUCCGGCCGAAGUUCACAAAUCGCUUCAACGCAUUCGUGAACGUCACCUUGUCAAAUUCAUUCCUUGGAGUCCUUGUAGCAUCCAAGUAGCCCUCUCCCGUCGAUCACCCUACGUUCAAACAGCACAUCGUGUCAGCGGAUUAAUGCUCGCUAAUCACACUAGCAUUUCCUCUCUAUUCCUUCGCUCUCUAAACCAAUACGACAGACUGCGAACGCGUGGGGCUUUCCUGGAGCAAUUUCGCAAGGAAGAAGUAUUUCGAGGCGAUCCAGAGUUGCGCCAAUUCUCUGAAAGUCGUCAGGUUGUCCAACACCUCAUUGAAGAGCACUUGGCAGCAACCAAAUCUGACUAUGUUCAGUGGGGAGCGCAGAAGGCAGCAGCAGCAGCGGCCGCUGCCUCUGCAGCUCUGGCAUCCUCGGCGUGA